CCACGCCCACCACCACCCAUUGACCUUACUAACGCCAGCCACACCAAUCUCCGCAAGGGCUACAAGCUCGGCUCCGCGUCUGCAGCCUGGAAGAAGAUCAAGUCGGCCACUGUGGCCUCUGGCUCCCACGAGGGUGCAAGCGGCAAUACCGACACCACUACUUCUGAUGCAGGCAUCAGCGAGGCGUUGCCAUUGUCUGCUUUCGGCUCCCAGGGGGAUACCCUUCUUUUCUAUCCCACCAAGAACAUUCUCGAGGUGUGGUCCUGGCGGUCUCCAAACGCCCAAUCGGACAGCGAUACCCUCUUUUUGCACUACCAGACGUCGCUUGACUACGAUGGCAUUCCUCUGAACUUUGCUGUCUUUUCCAACGAGAGUGAUCAGUGUUACUCGGUCAUUCUUUUGAUUCCAGACGAAGAUCAUGUCAAAAUACAGAAUCAUCUGAUUUCGCCACAACGAGCAGCCCAACUCACGCAAGAGAAACUGUACUUUUUCCCGUCCAAGACAUAUCACAUUAAGAAAUCUCCCUCCAAUUUGUUGGUAGCAAAUGACCUAGGCUAUAUUAUUCUUUUAAGGAUUCAGAACGAUAAGAUAUGCCACCCCAACUCCGAUAGCGCGUUGCACUCUAUCAGAAAGAGUUCGUGCCAGCCAAUUGUCCUCGAUAGUCCCUAUGACUCCCUAGAAGAGUCGGAGAUUUUGUUGAAGACUAGUUGUGAUGAAGAUGGGACUCCGAUCUUUGAUAUAGUCAAUGAUUGGCUCGUUUAUUCCCCUGUGAAGACAGAGUACAAGUUCCUCAGAGCGGUCAGUAAUACUAGGGAAAAGAAAACGACCACUCAAUGUUCGGUCAUUGAUCCAAUUAUCACCAACUAUCCUGACCCAGGUGACCAUAUUCACAAAAAGAAACACAGUGCUUUAUUCACCCCAGUUAAGUUGCCUCCACCAGGUCCGUUAUUGAACAAAUUCAUAUCAACAUUCUCUAAUUCUGCUUUGGAUGGGCUUUUCAAAUUAUCUGAGAUUAGUGCAUCAAAAAUGAAGUCAUAUUAUUCCGAUAAGAAAUCUCCAAAGCAUAACGAGACCAGCCACGAAUCCCAUGAUAUAUCCUUGAACACGGUCAGCAAAGCAAUGGGUAAGUUAUUGUAUUCAACGGCGUCCUCCGUACAGAAUUCAACUAGGAGUUUGAAACCGAACAGCAACCAAUUAAUCAAAGUUCUAGAUUUAUCAAACGAUAAAGUUUUGGGAAUUUUUAAACCUCCUGGUGGGGUUUCGAAAUUAUCAUUAUCCCCAAAUGACUUGCAACUAGUAAACUCAAACCUGCGGGGAGACUCGUUAUUCUUGUGGGAUCUAUACAGAUUGCCAACAGAAGUAUCUUUGCUUGGUAAGUUUACAAGAGGCAAAACUUCUGCUAUAGUUGAGGAUAUUUUUUGGUUCACAAACAACUUUUACGACUAUAAACCCACCAAGUCUUCCAAUACAAUUAGGCAUGGGGCUAAAAACAAUGAAUUCACUGCGAAAUUUACAAACUCAGGAUUUGGUUGUAUUACGAAAUCUACUGGUUCAGUACAUUGGUUUAACACAAACUAUCUCUCGGAGUCCAUCAGUCACAAAAAGGGUUCAAAGAAAGCUAUUGAAGAUGAUCAACUAGAAGACUCAUGGAUCCUUCCCUCGUUUGGAGCGAAAAAGUUUGUUGCCUUACCCUUGAUUGCAAAUGAUGAUAGUGCAGCUUCUAUCAACAAUAUUGCAGGGGCAAGCAACUCGAGUAAGUCAGUUAAUAAGGAGGAGAUGAACCAAUUGGCAGUGAUUGACAAGAACAACCAAUUGAAGUUGAUCUCCACAUUGAACGGCCGCCAUUUUUACAAGUAUAGCUUACCUGAUAAGCCUACAGCCAAAGAAGUUUUGCCCAAUUUGUGCUUUGACAAAGCAGAGCCUAGUACCGAAAAAUCAAAGCUGGUAAUUCCUUUGUCCCAGGCGGAAAUCGAAACAUGUUCUCCAUUUUCGAAUUUGAUCAACAGCUCAAACAUUGUAUUCGAAACUUUUGAAUUCGACGGAGAAGGUGAUGAUCGAGAUUUGUUCUUCGAAGUAUUUAAAGAGUUUGGAAACGAAUUACCAGGUAGAAAGAUA